AUGGCCACGCAAGGAAGACACGCCCUCAUCUUCGGCGCCUCCGGUAUCUCCGGCUGGUCGCUGAUGAAACAAUGCCUCUCCUACCCAACCCCGUCGACCUUUGCCCGGAUCACCGGGCUCAGCAAUCGGCCGGUCGACAAGAAGAAUCUCUUUCUUCCUGAUGACGCUCGACUCAACAUCGUCUCGGGGAUUGACCUGACCGCGUCGACGGAGACGGUCGUGACGGAGCUGCGGAAGAAAGUCCCCAGCGUCGAAGAUGUGGAUGUUGUUUUCUUCUCUGCAUACAUCCAGACCAACGACCACGACUCCCUUCUCCGCGUCAACACGGCCCUGCUCACAACCGCCGUGCAAGCCAUCACCGCCGUCUCCAAAAAAGUGUCAAGCAUCGUCCUCCAAACAGGCGGAAAGGCGUACGGCGUUGAAUUCCCAGACAAAAUCGCCAUCACGCCCCCGCUGCACGAAGACCUGCCGCGCAUCCCCGAGCCCUACCGCAGCAAGAUCUUCUACUACGCCCAGUACGAUGUGCUCGCGAAAAUGUCCCAGGAGCCCGGCUGUACCUGGACGUUCUCGGAGAUCCGGCCCGAUGGGAUCGUGGGGUUUGUGCCGGGGAGCAAUGCGAUGAACAUGGCGCAGGGGAUCGCGUUGUACCUUUCUCUGUAUAGGGAGGUGUAUGGCGCCGGAGCCAAGGUUCCGUUCCCCGGGGAAAAGCACGGGUAUCAUGCCCGGCAUAUGGAUACGUUCCAGGAUCUGCUGAGUCGAUUGGAGAUCUACGUCGCGGUCAAUCGGCAGAAAUGCGGCAAUGGGAGUGUGUUCAACGCCGCGGAUGGGGAGGUGAUUACCUGGGCGGACGUGUGGCCGGGGAUCUGCGCGUACUUUGGCCUUGAGGGUGUGGAGCCUGAAGAAAAGCCAAUCGACAAGGAGAGUAUGGAGCGGUUUGUCAAGGGGCAUCUGAAGGAGUGGCAGGGUCUGGUUGAGAAGCAUGGGUUGAAGACGGGACGUCUGGAGCGCCAGAAUUGGGGACAUACGCGGUUUAUGCUGGUUGAUUUCGAUUUCCAUCGCGACUUUUCGAUGGAGAAGGCGAGGGCGGUUGGCUUUAACGAGACGAUUGAUACGGUGCUGGGGUACAAGGUGGCUUUUGACCGGAUGGUCGAGGCGCGUGUGAUUCCGAGGGUAGCUUAA